GUAAGGUUGCCCCACCUGGACUCAAUUGCCAACGCUUUGACUAUCAUUAAAGUGCGGCAUUCGCAAACAAUUUCGGGAGUGUCGCCUGUUUUCCCAGACAAACACUGGCCAUGAGUGCGUUUACAGAAACGCACUGUGUUGUGGGUUACUGUUUUCACGUGUAACUGCGAUGGUAAUGGAUUUUGGAAAAACAUCUGCAUUGUUACCCGAACUAUGGUGAAUUUUCUCCGUAUAAUGACCGCGUGCGCGUGUUGGUGAAUACAGCCGCGCCAGUUCGCCGUGGCCUUAAUGAUGUUUACGUGCAAUAAAACGGACCAUCACAUCACCACCAAGAGCGAAGCUCUAGAUUUCCCGUCUUGACAUCGUGAGGCAUCAGAAAUACUACCUCAGCAAGCUGUAAGCCGCCUGCAUAAUCAAGAAGCACGUCCUGUCUGGUGGAUUAACUUUGAGCCCGUGUUAUCUUUGUCACUGAAGACGCUUGGAUUUAAAGACUGAUGUGUUUGGGUGUAUGAAGACAUCUGAUGUGCCCAUCACGUGCGGCUUCAUGUAUGUGGCAGGUGCAACGAGACCUCGAUGGCUGCACGGGAACACUUACCUUGAUGAAUAGCGGUCAGCGGACAGGAAGCAAGGAGGAGAGCGUUUAGAGAAAUUGAGACUGAAAAUAACUUCGGUGUUGACCAUGGUGAUGGAUGGCUCUAUUACCAUCCAGCGCCUGCUAUUAGUGUCUUCGUGUGGGCUUAGGCCUAUUUGCUGUUGAUAUUUGUAUUGCCUUAGUACAGUUGCAAUAUUAGCGUAACAGUACACUGCACGGUUGGGCAGUCAAAACGACAAUAAUUACAAGAAGAAAACCCCAACACAAUUAUUUAACCUGUGGACCCCCAUUAUGUGGCGGAACGGCCAAACUUCAAAACUUCAAGCCGAGCACACAACAUCGGCACUCUGCCUGCUGUAGCAAUAGGAUUUUGUGUUGGAAGUUUUUGUUUGUUCAGCUCUCGAAAGAUCCAGCACCUAUUGUAACCGCUUGGGUUCGUUAUCGUCCGCGGCGGUGUUUUCCCCGAUAUUCUCCCUGUGUGCUGGGCUUUGAAGGACACCCACUGUCUGAACAAGAAGUUUGGCGAAACCUUUGUCAACCAAUUCGGGAGCCAUACAUGUAUCGCCGGUCUUGCCUAACGGUAACUUUGUUUUUUGUUAUCAAACUUGGAGAGUUUUUGCGAUCACUCACUCUGGAGUCCUGGCGAGAAUCCGGGAAGUACUGCGCAGUAACUGUACUGCCAUUACGCAGUGUGGAGCUAGCUCGAACCAGUGCAGGUUGGGCUGAUAACCCGAAUGAAGUUCUUCAUGGUGUUCACGCCGACCGAAACUUUGUACUGACAAUGAUAAGCCAGCUCACAGCUACAUCACACUAUUCGCCAGUGUAACAGUCCAAUUUGUUUUCGCUCAAAGUCAUCCUGAAAUAUACUUAUGAACAAUGAAUUCACGCUAUUCUCGUGCCGCGGAGAGGGCAUUUACCAAGGAGGACAAGGCCUUGCAGAAGAACGUCUUCGCCCGUCGAAAUCUGGAUGCCGACCUGGAGGCCCAGCAGAGCCUGGAAAAGAUCCACCUGCAGACCAUCCGAAGCGAGAAGGUGCGACUGCAGAAGGAACUGGAGAGGAUGCGGGGCAGAGGACAACGGAUGAUGGGGAAGCGGCCGGUGGUAGGGAUGAGCAACAACACCACCCGGCUGACCCAGCUGCGGUUGACCCGGGAGCCUGCCGUCAUCAACGGGGGCACCAGUCGUGUUGUCCGUGCCGCAUCCCCCGUGCCAGGUGCCACCGGAGACCCGAACACGGCUAGGGUACCCCAGGAGGCGGUGGGACGAGGUCGGCAAAUCCUCGAGUUACCGGCUAUCAACCCUGGCAACCGCAGCUCCCGCAGUCCCCGGAACGGUUACCGUUCCAACCGCCACGAGAUGGGGGAGGAAUACCUCCGGGAACAGCAGAUGCUGGAACACAAGAAACUCAUGAGCAGGAAGCAGGAGGAACUCCUUGCACGGGUGGAGAAAUUCGGGGAAGACAUCGGCGCACAGAAACUUCGGGACGGUGGUGAGCCAGCAACCCACUCGCCGACGGAACGCAGCGUUAAGAGCGACGACGCCAUUGCAAUCAACGCGGACCCUAGCUCCAGUUUCCCCCCUCCACGGAGGACAAAUUUCGGCGAGGUGGCCAAAAGGGGGAGGAGCAACUCCCUCUCCGAGUACGACUUGAAACACAUUAAGGAAUCCAUCACUAAGAGACUCGUUGGGGAGGAGACGGCUGGUCAGGCCAACGAUUCCGGCGUCGCACAGGAGAAACAGCAGAUCAACCGGACAAUUUCCACGACGUCCGGCCUAGGUAACCUGAUGCCCCGCAGGAAGAACCAUUCUACGGGGAGUGGACCCCAUCCCAUGGACAUGGUGUUUGACCAGGAGACUUACGCCCCAGACGGCAGCCUGCGGACAAUGCACAUGCUGCCAGACCCCAAGGACAGUUUUGAGGAGGCCAAGAAAGCGAGGUACCUCCGCUGGAGGGGGCCCCACGAGGAAGAAGUGGAGCUCACGGUGAACGAAAUAUUCGGCAAGAGCGAGGGUGUGGUCAGUAGAAAAUACAGCACUUCAGCCCCGACUGAAGGUGAAACCGGGACAUAAAAAAAACUUUCUUUUAAUUAAAAGAUUAAAAAAAUCUUUGUUCAAUGUUAAUUUGUUUUAUGACAGUUUUGACUAAGUUAUAUUUGCACUUCAUGCAGUUUUUGGAAAAAAGGGGAAACUGUUCUAUAACUUCGAAGUAAUAAGACAAAUUUCUGCUAAUGUGACUCAUGAUGAUCUCCAACGAUAUUUCCGUUAUUAGGAAUACACAACUUAGUUUUUGAAUCUUAGGUGUUCUGAAGCAAUAUGGAAACGAUAUUUGGAAAGUGGUACGUGUACAUGUCUUUUUUUAACCAGGGGGCUACUUUUCGUGUUCAGAGGAAACUUCUUGUGUGGGCGAUAUAACAGAGCUUCCGCAGAAGAGCGAAAUUCAAAACAGACACUAAACUGUAUUGCUAGAUAAUUUCAGAAUGUAUUCGAAAUAGCCCCUUUUUCAAUAUUUUUGGUUUUUCUCAAAAGUGUAGAAGAGUCCUUGCUCGGGCAACGGAUUUUCCUGACAUAAAAAGAUCUGGUGCCUGAACAAUGUACCGAUUUAUCAUUCUCUAUGAUGAAACAGGAAUCGAUACAAAUGGAUUUCUCGAGCUCUUGUACUUUUGAGCAAUUACUAGUCAAAAAAGCAACGCUCGAAAUAUCCUUUUUUUGUUGUAAUUUGAAAAGUAGAGUUGGUUGCCUGAACAAUGUAUCGAUUUAUUAUUCUCUAUGAUGAAACAGGAAUCGAUACAAAUGGAUUUCUCGAGCUCUUGUACUUUUGAGCAAUUACUAGUCAAAAAAGCAACGCUCGAAAUAUCCUUUUUUUGUUGUAAUUUGAAAAGUAGAGUUGGUUUAUACAGCCAAUAUAUUCUCCAUUCAGCACAGCCGCAGACUGGUCUUAAAAGUCAGUGUAAAAUUCAUUGUGCACAAUAUGCAUGCGGAAAUAGUGAACACGCAUACGUAAGCCAUGCAUACCUCUUUGAACGGGUCAUGCUAAAGGUUACAAAUCCUAUCUGUAUGCAUACCUUCAAGUGGUUAACUAACUUUUUCGGUUUUCUUUGGGCAAUAUUAACUGUGGGACUGGUGCGUGCGAUUUGUAUAUAGACAGUCGGGGAGUAAGUGGAAGAACAUACAUAAUUUCAAUGGGCGGAAAAACAUUUCAAAAGCAGCAUUUUGCUUUGUUUCAAAGGGAGUGCAGUUUUUUCAUUGAGAUUUGCUCCGUUUUAGUUUUUCAGUUUCUGGGGUGAAACCAUCAUUUGGAACUAAAGAUUGACUUUUAUGUCAGUAUUAUAAAUGGAGAAAAACAGGUUGGACAUUUUGAACCUCAAAUGUUUUAGUCAUCGUCUGAGGGACAGCAAAAGGGGUCCUUUUCUUUGAAAUAUUUUGUUUAACACAAACGGGUUUCACUCCGAAGUAAAGGUCUGUUUCAAUCAUUGCAGAUGAUUGUUAAAAACGAACUUCAUCGAAUGUACACGUGUAUU